GCCAAUAACAGCCAGGUCAAAGCACGUUGCCGCAUCUGUCGUCGUGUAUCGCGUAAACGAAAUAUUUGCCGCAAAUAAUUUGCUCUUAUUGGAACUUGUUAAACUUUGUAUGUGUUAGCGAUUCAAUAAUUCCUUACAAAUUAAACUUUGUGCUACGAUUGUCUUCAGUUAAGUGCUAAUAAGCAUACUUGUUUUGGUAUUCCUACAAGUGACGGCCAACCAUGGCAAACAACGUGACGUACUGUGAUUUGAAAGUAUUUCAUAAGGGCUUCUCGAAAUACAGCGAGUAUAUGGUGUUUAUUGUUUGCAUUUCCGGGUGCAUCUUAAACUGUUUUAAUAUAGUUGUACUCAGCAGAAAGCAGAUGCGUUGCCCGACAAAUUCCAUCCUACUAAGUUUGGCUGUGGCGGAUAUAUUGGUAAUGUUAGAGUACAUGCCGUUUUCAUAUUUAACCGCUAAAGGUCCUGAUUAUUCCGCUUACUACUACAGCUACUAUUUCGCCGUUUAUAUAAUACUUCACGCGAUCUUCUCGCAGUCUUUUCAUUUUAUAUCUUGUUGCAUUACCAUUAUUUUGGCUCUCUGGAGAUAUAUCGCUGUCAAGUUUCCGGCGAAUAACAAAAAGUGGUGUAGUCCUAGAAUAACGAUGUGGACAAUUUUUCUUACAUACACUCUGUGUCCGUAUAUUUGCGUUCCGAUUCUUCUAAGCUCCACUGUCUCAAACACGGUGGCUUACGUCGACAAAAACAACAACAUACUGGGCCUCAAGGAAGUCGGAAAUAACACUGAGAACCUUACCAAAGUCAAAUUAUUCUAUGCCAAUUCCAACGAGAGCAUUUUUAAACCCAUCAGUCUUUUUAUUUAUGGAGUAGUUGUAAAGUUGGUGCCAUGCAUUUUAUUAACGGUUUUAUCUAUACUUAUAAUUAUCGAAUUACUGGCAACGAAGGAGAGAAGAAGAAAGCUGAUGGCUCCUACUACAGGUAAAGAAGGAAAUAGUAUGAUUAAGAAAAAAGUGAAUCAAAGAUUUUUGGAGAAAGAAAAACAAGCCUACAGAACAACGAAAAUGCUUUUGGUUAUUUUGAUGCUCUUCCUAUCUGUGGAAUUUCCUCAAGCAAUUUAUGGCCUGCUUAAUCACAUCAUUGGAGACGUUUUUCAAAUUGAAUGUUAUCAACCCAUAGGUGGAUUUCUGGAUUUAAUAGCUCUUCUCUACUGCUCAAUAAACUUUUUUCUCUACUGUAUUAUGUCACAAAAAUUUCGAGAAGUUUUUAAAGAAAUAUUUUUUCCCUACAUCCCAGGCUUCCGAAAAUCAAAAUGCCAAUGGUCUACAACUGUAUCAACAAUGGUCGAAUUAUAAAUAUUUGUAUUUAUUUGUUCUGCUUAGAUGUUUUAGGCAGGGUAUUAUAAAUCAAUUGUUUUGUAUAUAUGUAUGAAAAAUAAUAAAUAUUUACACCCUAUAGAGAAAGCCCAGCUAUAGGUGUAUACAAG